CAUUCUCAAGCGAGCGUCACGGGAGCGCGAGCCCCGCCUGCAGGGGGAUUAGCACGCGCUAAACCUCAGCUCCGCGCGCUCCGUCAGGUAACGCCGACCACGACUAACCUAAGAGCACAAACGAUGAGACAUAAAGCCGCUGCUUUGGUCUAAUUUGGUUUUCGCGAUACCAGCCGACAGGUCGGCGUCUGGACUCUUAAGCUUCUACGCUGUGAACUGUCAAGUGGUUUUUGGUUUGGUACAUUUCAGAGUAAAUCCGCGCGGCGGGUCGCGUCUUUUGGAGAGGACGAUGUUCUUCGUAUUUGAGAGUGACGGGAGCGCGCGAGUCGGUGUCGCUCGCGGGGAAUGACGCUUCAGACUUUGACCAAGUGUUAUCAAGUUAAUUACCUGAUGGACUAAAUGAAGAAUGCCGCACGUUUGGGAGUUCAUUCUGAUUCUCAACAUUAAUGUCGUCUUUGUAGAAGCACAGCCGGUGUCAUCAAAGCUGCACGAUGGUUGGUGGGCAUACAAAGAUGUUGUCCAGGGGAGCUUUAUACCAGUGCCGUCUUUCUGGGGACUAGUUAACACUGCCUGGAACCUGUGUGCGAUUGGGAAGAGACAGUCGCCGGUCAACAUCGAAACCAGUCGAAUGAUUUUUGACCCCUUCCUCAAUCCGCUACGGCUCAAUGCAGGGCAACAUAAGGUCAGUGGAACGAUGUAUAACACGGGCCGACAUGUGUCCCUGCGCCCAGACAAGUCACACCUGGUGAACAUCUCUGGCGGGCCGCUGAGCUACAGCUACAGGCUGGAAGAGAUCCGGCUUCACUUUGGCGCUGAGGACAGUCGGGGCUCCGAGCACCUGCUCAACGGCCAGGCCUUCCCUGGAGAGGUGCAGCUCAUCCAUUAUAAUCAGGAUUUGUAUUUAAAUUACAGUGAUGCCGUCCGGAGUCCUAAUGGAAUAGCAGUUGUUUCUAUCUUCAUGAAGAUUUCAGAGCCUACAAAUGUAUUUCUAAACCGCAUGCUGAACAGAGAAACCAUUACGAGGAUUACAUAUAAACAUGAUGCAUACUUACUGAUGGGGCUCGAUAUUGAGGAGCUGUAUCCCGAAACCUCCCGUUUUAUCACAUAUGAAGGGUCGAUAACUAUUCCACCGUGCCUUGAGACAGCAACCUGGAUAUUGAUGAAUAAGCCAAUUUACAUCUCACAGAUAGAGAUGCAGUCCCUUCGUCUCCUCAGCCAAAACCAGCCGUCUCAGAUCUUCCUCAGUAUGGGUGACAACAUGCGGCCGACGCAGCCACUGCACCAGCGCUGCAUCCGCACCAACAUCAACUUCAGUCAGAGACGGGACUGUCCUAACAACCGUGUGCUGAGGCCGCAAUACAGAGUGAAUGAAUGGCUUCUGAAAUAACAGCUUGAUGUGGAUUAGUUACUGCAACAGUCUGGUAACAGCUGAAGAACAUGGCCAACAGACAGAAAAAUGGGAUACAUACAAUGAGAUGAAGAAAACGGACAUAACAGAGGACUCUACAAUAAUAUAUAUAUAUAUAAGUAAUUACUUUUAAACUUGUUAAUAUGUUUAUAACGAUAUAUAUCAGACAUUGAAAGCAGUUGCUAGACUAUUCAAUCAGACAGGACUGGUUUUCAGUGACAUUGGGUCUUGAGGUACUGUCUGCUCUCGUUCGUUGCAUCUGAACAGCAGGUGCGAUCGAGCCUUGUUGCAGCGAAUAGAAAACUACCUUUGCUCUAUGCACAGUGAUUUAAUCUUUACUUUGACAUGAGGCACACAAAAGGAUUUCAAGCCUAUAUCUUGGAUUAGUCGGAGCAUGUUGCCUUCUUUACGUAAGUGUUUACAGUGCUAAAUGAGUUGAGUGAUAUCUGCCCAAUAAAUCUUUCUCUUUCUCGUUACUUUUUUAAUUAUGUUUUUGAAUCAUGGGUAUCACGUAGACAUGGGUUUCAAGUUGAUGCCAGUGGAUUGUCAAAAUAAAAUUAAUGAAUAAUUCAGUCUGUUGAAUAAUAUUAUAAAAUUGUUGAUAUAGUGCUCAAGCUUUCAGUUGGAUUAUAUAAUGGAUUUAUUAUGAUAUGAAUAUUUAUAGGGUGAUGAAUGUGUAAUAGAGUGUGUUACAGAAAACAGACAAAUCUGGUCAUAUUUGCCAUCGAAAACUGCUAUAUUUUGUUGGAUUUAACAAAAUAAUAAGCAUUUAAAUAAACAGUGCAUUUUU